AUGAAGGAGAGCAGGUUGGUGUUAACCAAAAUCACGGAGGCGAAAGAGGGGCCGUUCAACGUGGAUCAGUUCCACGUGCGCGUGGCGGGGCUGGGGGAGCUCGACGUGAGCGUGCGCUUGGCACACCCGCUGCUGCAGACGCCGGCGGAAGCGGAGGCACACUUCAACGUGGAGCUGUCGGACGUGAAGAUGACGUCAUCCGCGCACGGCAUGCUAGGGCAGACGUUCAGGAACACGGCGGAGCAGCUAAAGCGCCCCGUGGAUGCAAACAAGGUUGAGGGCAAGGGCUUUGUGGACAGGUAA